UUUUGCAUGAAAUCUAAUAAUCUUACCUCCAAUAAGGUCAACAUGAAUUUCUGCAGUUUCUGCGCUAAAUGCUGUCGAGGAUUCAGAAAAGAGAAAAAGUGUAUUAUUAACAGAUCUAUUCGACUGGGGUCAAAAUGACGUAUAAAUGCAUUAUUGGAAUGUAUGGCGUAUAUCCUCAAUACAUCUACAAAAAUGGAAAGCACUGAUAUAAUCCUUGAUCCAAAGAUCAAAACCCAUGUGUUGUUGCCUAUUACGUUGGUAAUGCUUCUAGUGCAUAUAUUAAGACAACUUCUCACUUCUCUUUUGAAACGUAAUUCGCCAUUGCAAAAAAUGGCCAAGGUAAGGGAGCAGCAACACUUACAAAGGUGUAGUAUGACUGGACAGAAUGGCUGGACCUCACUGAGUAAUUCCGAAUGGGAAGCAAGAAAAGUGAAUGUUUUUGACCAAUAUGGAAAGAACAUUAACCUCAACACAGUUUUGGAGAAGCCAAUAGAGGACGAAAAUAAGAGCAAAUCAAACAACCCAGCUAUGACUAAUCCUUUUGCACAAGCAGGUCUUAAUGAAAGCUUAUGGGAAGGCAUGAAGGGAAACUUAUUGAACUAUCUGCCACAACCAAUUCUUAUGUUUUACAUGUCGUAUUUAUUCCGAGGAUACAUUGCUUUAAAACUACCAUUCACUCUUACAGCUAACUUCAAACCCAUGUUUCAAUCGUCGAUCAUGACCAGCGACUUGGAUGUCUCCUACGUUACAGGUAUAAGUUGGUAUUUUGUCAACCUUUUAGGUGUUGAAAGCUUGAGUAAAGUGUUUGGUUCAUACUUUGGAAUGCCAACAUUUUUUAUGAGGCCUGAAGAAAUCGUUUUGGAAAAUGUCACUUUGAUUUUGAGCUCAGGUGGUGCACAAUCACAGCCACAGCAAUCUCAACAACCAUCAUUUGGACAACCAAAAGCUGAAGAAAUUUUCAAGAAGCAGUCGAAGGAAAUACGAAUUAUAAACUUCAAAUCAUGUUUGACGAACGUAGAGGAGAGAUUUCUGAAAAAGUUCGACAACUAGAUUGACAUAUCUUGCUAUUAGUUAUAUACAGCGUUAUUUACAAAUGUAUCUAUAGAAAAUCAACCGCAAAUGCCUUAUCAUUUAUAUUUUACUCGAAAUAUCAUAUGAUCCCGAUACAUU